GGCAUAGACCGCGUCGCAUUCACUUCUCAGUCGUCGUGGUCGACGGGUCGCAAGGGUUUCGUUCGAAAAGCGAAAAAUCGAAAAAAGCAGAGGCAGCGUUGCGCCUAUCGGGCAAACUUGUUUAAAGUGCCAUAAAAAGCCACAGAAAAGCAACAAAAACGCAAACAAAAAAUUGAAAUCAGAAAAGAAGCACCGCUGAGUAGACGCGACUAGCGCCGGGCUCCAAUAAUACAUAUAAAAAAUAUAAAAAAAAAAUAUUAUAAUUUAAAACAGGUACAAGCAUAAUUUUUCGUCGAGCGAGUGCAAGUGUGCUGAAAAAUGGCCUGAAUUUUGUUUUCAGGUCGCACAAAAUGCCUUAAAAUUGGAUAGCCCUUCUGCCAUUACAAAUCGGAGUUGCUGAACAAAUAGUCCACUGAAGAAUUUCAAAAUGAAUCGAUUCUACGGUAGCUGGCCCUGGCUAUUGUUGGCCCUGAUCGCCCUAAGCCGAGCAACUCCAGUUCCCAACCGGCCGCACAGCUGCAUAAGCUACCAGGACAUGGACAACUCAUUGAAUGACGACGAAACCGACUCGGACAACAGCGGAGAGCUGCAGGAACAGCAAAUCGAAUCCACUCCCAUGCCCAGUGAGCCACAUCGACGCACCUGCUCCGAGAGCUACACCUUUUGCUUCACCCUGUGGAACCAAACUCCCAACGGCACCAAGAUUGUGAAGCAGGGCUGCUGGAAGGACAACACGGAUCGCCAUUCCCUCUGCAGCCAGUCGGAGUGCAACAGCUCGGCGCCCACAUCCAGAUCCAGUACCCUGUACUUCUGCUGCUGCUUCGGGGACGUGUGCAAUGACCAGUAUUCCGUAGUGGAACCUUCGCCUCUGGAGCUGGGCUCCACGAAGCCGAUCACCAAUCGGGCCACGGCGAAGCAGCAACAGUCCUUCAUGGUCAGCACCAUGUUGGGCUUCAUUGGCGGCUUCACGGCCAUCAUGAUUGGCGUCUUUCUGGCCGUUCAGUAUUGCCGGGUGCCCAAGGAGAAAUCCGAGCCGGAGGAGUCACCACUAGCGCCCUCAGGUCCGGGCUACAGUUCCAAUCUCAGGAAUGUGGACAACAUGAAUCUGAUUGGCAUGCUGGGCAGUGGCAAGUACGGGACUGUGAUGAAGGGCCUGCUCCACGACGAGGAAGUGGCUGUCAAGAUCUAUCCCGAGGAGCAUCAUCAGUACUAUGUGAAUGAGAGGAACAUCUACGCGUUGCCUUUGAUGGAUUGUCCGGCAUUGUUGAGCUAUUUUGGUUAUGAUGAGCGAUGUACCAUGGAUGGCAGGAUGGAGUACCAGCUGGUGCUUUCGCUGGCUCCGCUGGGUUGCCUCCAGGAUUGGCUUAUUGCCAACACCCUGACCUUUAGCCAGUGCGGUGGAAUGCUACGAUCCAUCACCAGAGGCAUCUCUCAUCUGCACACCGAACUCCGCCUGGGGGAUCAGCACAAGCCCUGCGUCGCCCACCGCGACAUAAACACCCGGAAUAUCCUCGUUCAGGCGGACUUGACCUGUUGCAUUGCGGACUUUGGAUUCGCCUUGAAGGUGUUCGGCUCCAAGUAUGAGUACAAGGGCGAGGUGGCCAUGGCGGAGACGAAAUCUAUCAACGAAGUAGGCACUUUGCGGUACAUGGCACCCGAACUGCUGGAGGGAGCUGUGAACUUACGAGAUUGCGAAACGUCCCUGAAACAAAUGGAUGUCUACGCCCUGGGUCUUGUGCUCUGGGAGGUGUCCACCCGAUGCUCGGACUUUUAUGCUCCUGGCCAGGCCACGCCUCCGUACAAGGCGCCCUACGAACAGGAGGUUGGCUCUCAUCCCAGCUUCGAUCAAAUGCAGGCUCUGGUGGUGCGCCACAAGGCCCGCCCGCUAUUCCCCACUGGCUGGGGCGGUGGUGCAGCCGCCAAGGUGGUGCGCGACACUUGUGAAGACUGCUGGGACCACGAUGCGGAUGCCAGGUUGACGUCGCUGUGCGCCGAGGAACGGAUGCAGGAGAUGUCUGGGCUGAGACCACGGGCACAGCCACAGCCCGCUAGUCCCAUGUUGAAUACAAAUAAUCUGGUCACGCCCGUGAAUUCAGAGCAGUCUGUCAAUGUUAUAACCACAACGGCGGCUGCGGUGCACCACCAGAUGAGCUCGGAUACAGCCGGAUUGCUCCAGCCUCCGCCCAACCAACAGUUACCUGCAGCGGCUCUCGAGCGGGAGAAGAACCACCUGAGCUAUCCCCAGCAACAGCUACAGCCAUAUCAGGGCCGGAAUCCCUGCCAAGAAAGGAAUCUGGCUCCGAUGACGAUGCGAACGCCGCCUGUACUGGUGGAGAGGAGCAAGAAGCACAGUUUCCAGACGCAGCCGCAGGAGAACAGUCUGUCCUGCCUGGAGCAUGAUGUCAGUGUGGAGGAGCUGAUAGCCAGCCAUCACCAACAGCAGCAGAAGAACUCAAUCAUCGGCGGAGCAGGUAAUCCCAAUCCCAACCUGGGACAGGGAUUUCCCAAACAACAGAAUACGGAUCACAAGCUGAGAGGAUGGCACGGCGUUCGAGCUCUGAUUCACAAGAAACUCUUCCGCAAGGAGCACGCCGAGGAGCUGUGCCGCCAACUCCAAAUGGGCGAGGAGAAAUCCAACCUGGUGACGGCUCUGAGAAGGCCUAACAACCUGGACCUGAGUCCCCGGUUGGACAAACCCACGCCGCUACAGCUCAGGAGUGCGGAACAGCGGAGUGGAACCCCAGCUCACAUAGUGCCCCGUUCACUGUCCAGCAGUCUGAUAAAACACAUCAACGGCAGCACCAACAAUAACUCCAUCCAGAGUCACGGAAGCGAACUCCAGACGCUCACCCGGCCAGGUCCGAAGCGGAGACCCGGCCACCUGCGAACCAACUCCCUGAUGGCCACCACAGUCCACCAGGGUCCGCCCACGGAGCAGCAGAUGCGCCGUCAGCACAGCCUGGAGGUGUUCCGGGAGGUCUUCAGUGGUCGGGGGAGCAGCGAGCGUCUGAGGGAUCCCAGCGAAAGGGUCAAGACGCCGGGAGAUGUGCCGCCGUCCGUGAGGAAAGCGCGGGCCAGCAAGACACUCAGUUUGUACGACGACAGGAUGAUGGACUCAUCGCUGCUGAAUAUUCUCUAGCAUGAGGAGGUUCUGCUGCUGGAGCUAUAAGCAGCAGAACACAGUCCUGGACUCAUAUCUCAUCCUUCAUCGAAAACAUAUUCAACGAUAGCCAUAGGAGCAGAGGACUCGAACCGCUUCCUGGAAAAGUCUUCUCAUAAAAAAUGUAAUCAGAAGGGAAUUGGGUGACUCUUGGUUUUCUUCGAUUUCUAAUGAAGAAACAGAACAGACCCAAUAACAUUUAUUUUUCAAGCAAUGGCAUGGGAGUUCAAAGAUAUAUGUGUAUAUUUAGAUGCAUUUUCUCACCAAUCAUCCUAGCGUUUAGAGCGGCAAACAACCAAAGUCCUUAUAGGUUAGAAAUCAGACUAGAAUCGUACGUGUAUCAGUAUAUAGCAGGGAGUAUAUAUCUUCCUUUCACACACAUAUACAAAUAUAUAUAUAUAUAGAAGUAUAUAUUUUUUUGACUUGAACUUGAACUUGGACAAGAGCGAAACAGGUAGUAGUAUCUAUAUAGUUUGUAUAUGUACGGUUUUCACUCGAGUCGAGCUUAGGGUUGGACGUAGAAAGAGGAGCGAACUAAGACAGAAGAUGGGGCUUGGUCGGACCACAUUUUUAGAGCCAUAUAUAUACAUUAAUUAUGAUCCCCAUAUACUAUGUAAACACCGUAAU